ACAGCUUUUUAUGAAUAUAUUUAAACAAACAGACAUUAGCAAAAACUGAUUUGAUAAAUGCUUAGUUUUAAUCCUGUUUUAGUUAUAAUCGAAGCGGUCGCUGGUCGCGUUGAGCAAAAGUCGCUUAAUGCAUUAAAGAUAUAGAGAGAAAAUGAUCGGGGGGAUUUAAAGUGGUCGCAUAAAACAAAAGUCGCUUAAUACACGUGGUCGUAUGGGCAAGUUAGACUGAAGGUCACGCCGCUGCACUAUCGGCAAUGAAACAAAUAUGUCUUUUUGAUACGGAAAAAUUACCCACUUAGGCCUACCAGCAACAUAUCAUCAAAAAUCAUCUCGAGAAAGAGUGAUCUCUCGGAAGCAUAAAUCACAACUUAAUAACAUGACAGUUGCAGACACGGUUUGAUUUAGUAUGUACAUUUGUGAUAAUGAAGGAGUACAACAUCAUUCACGCUCUCUAUCGCCGGCUUGAGCGGUACUCAAUUUUCAACUCUUAAAAAUGAUGGUAUAAAUGAUCCUGGAGGACCAGAAAAAUACAACAAAACUGUCUUGAAUACGUAUCACAUACAAUUUGAGAGAUAAGAAUUGAUCUCCAUUCAUUUUUAUACAACACCUGUCUAUGGGAAAAGUUUUGUAUUUCCAAAUUUUGAAACGUAAAUUUAAAUAAAAUGCGUUAUCAUUGCCUUAAUUUCAAAACUGUCCUUCGUUGUUCAUUAUCUCUCCGUUUAUCUCAAACAUUAAUAUUUCAUUUAUGGAUCAUAGUGACAAUGGUUUAGGACAAUGAACUACUUAACAGUGAAAAUAUGUCUGUAUUUGACAGCUUGUACUUUGGUUUAUGGCCAAGGAAACAGGAAUUGUACGAGUACAUCUUCAACUGGAAAACACUUCAUGAUUGCGGUGCCGGAAAGUAGCAGGCCUCCAGAUAAAAUAGUUCUACAUAUAACAUCUUUAAACAAGACAAAAUGCAACAUCAAAGCACCAGAUAUACAUAUGGAUCAAACCUACACAUUUAACAAUUAUAUACAAGUCAACAUAUCCAACAGAAUAAUGCACUCUACUUCUUACUCGUCCUCCACGGCUAAGAAAGGAAUAAAAAUAGAUUGUGACAAUACAUGCGCAGUAGCUGUUUUGCCUCACCAUAUAAAUGAUGCAGUGGAAGGUUAUCUUGCACUUCCUGUAAAUGCCUUAGGAACAAGAUAUACAAUUUCAUCUUUCACACCAUACAGUUCAAGUACCUCAAGCGAGUUCCUGAUAGCAGUUGUUGAAAAUAAUACAAGAAUCCAACUGUUUAAGACAAGCCCUUAUACUAACAGAUUUCAAAAUAGUACUUUAAUUCUUAACAAAUUUAACACGUAUAUUUACAAGUCCUCUUAUGACCUGAGUGAUUCGGUGAUUUCUAGUGAUAAACCUAUAUCCGUCUUCUCAGGAGCUAGCGCUAGCCAAAUCCCUCAUGGCUCGGGAGAUUAUCAAUACAUCAUAGAGCAGAUGAUUCCAACUGAGUUCUGGGCGAAGACCUAUAUUGUUCCACAUAUUUAUCCUAGAGUGUACAGUAUGUAUCGUAUUUUUAGCUCUGAGUACAAUACGUCAGUUACACGUCAUAACGGUAAUGUCACUGUAUCUAAUGUGAUAAUGUCAAAGCAUUUUGACGACAUGGCGACUGAUUCAACUGUGAUUAUAGCUGAUAAACCUAUCAGUGUGAUACAAUAUGGUUAUCAUGAUGAUAAUGUGGAUAAAGACCCAUUCAUGACAACAGUACAAGCUAUGUCCCAAUUUCAAAAUUCAUACGAAUUUGUGGCAGAUUUUGAUAAAAUGAGUUCUCAAAUAUGGCCCGUAACUCUGGUUAUUACCACUCGCACUUCAGAAAUUUCACAAGUUCUCCUAGACGGUACAAAUUCCUACAUUCAAGCACAUAGUCACAAAAUGCCUGUACCUCCACCCAUGGAUGACUACAGCGUGUACUACAUCAAUAUGACUCAUUAUGUCUUUGGAAGUUUUCAUACGUUACGUCAUGCAGCCGGGAGACCAUUCGGUGCAACAAUCUACAGCCAGCCAGAAUCUGCUGCUGGUGCCUACGGAUAUCCUUUAAAAUUCGCCCUGAAUGAUCAAGUUUGUCAACUCCCAACAACUACCUCAACAACAACAACGACAACAACAACAACUACUACAACGAUUCCAACAACAACAACAGCAAAGGCUACUUUUGCGACAACAAACUUUCGAGACAACACUACGUACAGCAAAGGUGGUAUACAGUGUUUUGAUUGUCGAGAUAUUCCACAUCUAAAAUAUUGUGACAAAGUGACUAGAUGCUUAGGAAAUGAGGUUUGUUACGUUGAGAGCUACACAAAACCUCACGGACAGAAAAUGUUCAGGUCUGGAUGUAUAGAUAAGGGGGGAUGUCAACCAUUGAGUGGAACAAACGACUGUCUACAGUGCUGUGAGUCUAGAGAUUUCUGUAACAUGGAUGGUUGUGAAGAAGAAGCUCAAAAUUCAAUAAGUUCAGGGACUCGUGGGCCGUAUUGUUACGACUGUUCACAUAUCGGGGAGAAUGAAAAUUGUACAUCCGUUCAAAUGUGUCCCUCCGACCAGGUUUGCGAGGCAAAGAAACGGUCAGUUGUAGACCGGAAGUUGACUCUUCGGCACGCGCCAGUGUGUACACAUUGCUGCUCCGCUGAUUUCUGCAACCAAAAUUGUACCCAUCAUUACAGUCCAGGACUUAUAGGCACGAGCGGGCACCUGAAAGGAGCCACCGUCAUAGCUGGAAAGGUUCCUCGCAUAAAAUAAUUCAAAGUCCCUGCCGGAUUCAAACAAAAAGCAGUGCUGGA